AAAUCAGAAGACCCUAGCACAUGCGGUGGUGAGUGAGCUAGGCACAGAGUGUGAGAGCGAGUGAAUAUUAAUUUUUUUGUGCAUUUGCUUUUUCUUAUUAUUUGUUUGUUGAACCGAACACUUUUAGUGAAGAAAAGUGUGGCUUUAUGUAAUCUAUAAGUGGGCUAAUAACGAAGUGUCAGUUAGUGUUAGCAUUUGCAUUUUGGUGGUGGUCAUGACUAACAGCCUGGAAUUGGAGUUACCGCUCAAGGUCGCGCGUCAUCGAAUCGAGCGCGUUGGCUUUGCAUAUUUCAAUGCCCGCCGUAGCAAAAUCGCGCCAGGCGGCGUGGAACGUAGCGAAUCCGAUGAGAAAUUGCUACUGAAUGGAGCUGGCGAAGAAGUCGAUAUUAAAUACCUCAAAUCCCUCGAUCCCAAAGAGUGGAAGGAGCAGGAUCAUUAUAGUGUAUUGGGAUGUGGUAAAUUGAGAUUUGAAGCCACUGAUGACGAUAUACGCCGAGCCUACAGACGCAUGGUGCUGCAGCAUCAUCCGGACAAGCGAAAAGCAAAGGGCGAGGAAGUCAUCACGGAUGAUGACUACUUUACUUGCAUAACAAAGGCAUACGAAAUAUUGGGUACUCCGAAAAGUCGCCGUAGCUUUGAUUCGGUUGAUCCGGAAUUCGAUGAUGCCUUCCCCACACAAACAGAUAUUGACAACGAUUUCUAUGCUGCCUUCAAUAAGUAUUUUCAUCUGAAUGCACGUUGGAGCGAAAAGCCGAAUGUUCCAUCGUUUGGCGAGGAGAAUGCCAAGCGUGAGGAGGUUGAACGUUUCUAUAAUUUUUGGUACGACUUUAAAUCGUGGCGUGAAUUCAGCUACAUGGACGAAGAGGACAAAGAGAAGGGUCAAGAUCGUGAUGAGCGGCGUUGGAUCGAAAAGGAGAAUAAGGCGGCACGCAUAAAGCGUAAAAAAGAGGAAAUGACACGCAUCCGAGCACUUGUCGAUUUGGCCUACAACAAUGACAAGCGUAUCCAGCGGUUUAAGCAAGAGGAGAAGGAUCGCAAGGCGGCGGCCAAGCGAGCCAAAAUGGAUGCCGUCCAGGCCCAAAAAGCCGAACAGGAACGGGCUGUGCGUGAAGCCGCCAUGGCCAAGGAGCGGGCCGAUAAGGCCGAACAGAAACGAAUCGAGCAAAUUCGCAUUGAACGCGAGCAGCAAAAGAAAGUGCUUAAGAAAGAGAGGAAAACGUUGCGUGACAAGGUCAAGGAUAGCAAAUAUUACGCCAAAAAUGAGAAGGACCAGCUAAAGCAUAUGGAGGGUACAGAGAAAAUAUGCGAGACCUUCUCAUUGGCUGAACUGCAGGCACUGAACAAGGCUAUGGAGACAAAGGGUCGCGAAUCAUUUGCGGCCGCCAUUCAGACGGCUGAGCAGAAAAUCGCCACAGAACUGGAGGAACUGACUCAGGCUCAACAAAAGAAAUCGGCAGCUAGCAUAAACAAUGCCACAUCGAAGGGAGCUGGUGGUGUCAAGGAAGUGAAAAAGGUCGGUGAAUUGUGGAGCAAUGAGAAUGUUCAGUUGCUCAUUAAGGCAGUGAAUCUAUUCCCAGCUGGCACUGCCCAGCGUUGGGAUGUGAUAGCGACAUUUAUCAAUCAACAUGGCGGUUCAUCGGGCGGUGGCCUGGUAACAGCUCGUGAUGUGUUAAACAAAGCCAAGGCCCUGCAGAAUAGCGAUCACUCAAAAAGUUCGCUCAAAACUCAUGCCAAUGAUGCAGCAUUUGCCAGUUUUGAGAAGUCCAAAAAGGAAGUGCAGACGUCCAAUGACAUCACUUUGGGUGAGGAAAGCAGCUCCACCAAUGCAACGACGACAACAACAACGACGACGGUAACGACGAAAACGUUGAAAACAAAUUCAUCGGAUAGUAAGGAGAAUAUUAAAGAAAAUGGCGGCAAUAUCAAGCAGAAUGGCACUGGAACAGGACCAGCAAAUGGGCCUGUUUCUGCUACCGUUAAUGGAACUGGCUCUGCUACUUCUAUUACAUCGACUGGGGCAUCCAAAACCUGGACCAAGGAGGAGCAAGCUCUGUUAGAGCAGGCCAUUAAAACUUAUCCCACAACUACGCCCGAUCGUUGGGAUCGCAUUGCCUCAUGCAUACCUAAUCGCAGUAAAAAGGAUUGCCUACGUCGCGUUAAAGAGCUGGUCGAGCUUGUGAACUCCAAAAAAGAGGCACAAGCGGCUGUUAAAUGAGUUUCAUAGCAUACCCAAACGCAAACAAUUAACUUCCCAUUCUCCCGUCGCCUUGCCUUUUACUCUUCCUGCUCCUACUCCUCCGUCUCCGCAUUCGCCAACUCCUCCUCCUCCUCCUCGUUUAGCUGCUGUGUCCCAUAUAUAAAUUUUAUUUAAAUAAAACAUAAAAAGUUUUUUGAACGUUUAGCGAAAAGUUACAUACAAA